AUGUACUGUGAAGUGCACGGCGCUAGAGCUCCGAGGCGCAAGAGACCCAAAGCCCCAAAAUCAGGAUCCGCCAAGAAGCCCGCUGCCGCUCCCUUUGGCGCUAGCAAGGCGACCAAGGCAAAAAAGAACCCUCUGUUCGAGGCUAAGCCUAAAAACUUCGGUAUUGGACAAGACAUCCAGCAUCAGACAGACCUCACGCGUUUCGUCAAGUGGCCCGAAUAUGUCCGUCUUCAGCGUCAGAAGGUCAUCCUGAACCAGCGCCUCAAGGUCCCUCCCGCUAUCGCUCAAUUCUCUCACACCUUGGACAAGAACACGGCGACGCAGUUAUUCAAGCUCUUGAACAAAUACCGCCCAGAGUCAACCGCGGAGAAAAAAGCGCGCCUGCAGGCCACUGCCGCUGCUACUGCUGAGGGAAAGAAGGAGGAGACCAAGAAGCCUCUUUUCGUCAAGUACGGUCUUAACCACAUCGUCGCUCUGAUCGAGGCCAAGAAAGCUUCUCUCGUUGUCAUCGCUCACGAUGUUGACCCCAUCGAGCUUGUGGUCUUCCUCCCUGCCCUCUGCCGCAAGAUGGGUGUUCCCUACGUCAUCGUUAAGGGCAAGGCCCGUCUUGGUACCGUCGUACACAAGAAGACCGCUGCCGUUGUUGCCUUGCAGGAAGUCAAGAGUGAGGACCAGCGCGAGCUUGCUACCCUCAUCAGCGCUGCCAAGGCUAACUUCUCUGAUAAGUAUGAGGAGCAGCGCCGACAGUGGGGUGGUGGACUUCGUGGCAACAAGUCGACUCAAAUGUUGCGCAAGCGGGCAAAGGCAGCUGGACAGAAUGUUACCACUGCUUCGCUUAACAAGCUGUAA